GGUUCUUCAGUUCAGCAGCAGCGUUUUCAAUCUUCUUGUCGGCACCAUCACAAUCAACCUUCACAACACCCACCAAUAAUAUUAUCCGGCGAAUACAUUCAUCACCGAAACGAUUUGGUAGGCAAGCUCAGUCGAGAGCGUUUGCGCUUCGCUCAGCUGCAGGCUGAGUUCACCCGACAACUCUGGGACACCUGGGCUCAUAUUGAGGCCACUCGGACUCUAUCAGGGGACGUUUUGGACACCUCCAUUACGACCGCUGAGGCUACAGUUUCUAGUGCAGUUCCCUCUGAAGUUCUUGCCUCUUUGGGCUUCAAAAAAACAAUGUCGGAAUUUACCACUGCUGUCCAUUUGCCAAAGGAAAAGAUGUUAUCUUGA